CCCACGCACUCGGCCGUCUUGCGCUGUAAACCCGGGGCUGCUGCGGGCCGCUUCUGCUUCCGGGUCACGCCUUGACAGCGGCUUCCCGGACCGAUCUGCCCCGCGGUUCGGCAGUUUGGAGCAUGUGAGCAUGCCCUGAGCCUUGAUGAGCUCCAGUAUGUGGUACAUUAUGCAGAGCAUUCAGAGCAAAUACUCGCUCUCCGAACGCCUGAUUCGAACAAUCGCUGCCAUCCGCUCCUUCCCACAUGACAACGUAGAGGACCUCAUCAGAGGGGGAGCAGACGUGAACUGCACGCAUGGCACCCUGAAGCCCCUGCACUGCGCAUGCAUGGUGUCCGACGCCGACUGCGUGGAGUUGCUCCUGGAGAAGGGAGCGGAGGUCAACGCCCUGGAUGGCUACAACCGAACGGCCCUCCACUAUGCAGCAGAGAAAGAUGAGGCUUGCGUGGAGGUCCUGUUGGAAUAUGGGGCAAAUCCCAAUGCACUGGAUGGCAACAGAGAUACCCCGCUUCACUGGGCAGCCUUUAAGAACAAUGCCGAGUGUGUGCGGGCCCUGCUGGAGAGCGGGGCCUCUGUCAAUGCCCUGGAUUACAACAAUGACACUCCACUCAGCUGGGCUGCCAUGAAGGGAAAUCUUGAGAGUGUCAGCAUCCUUCUUGACUAUGGCGCUGAGGUCAGAGUCAUCAACCUAAAAGGCCAGACACCCAUCUCCCGCCUGGUGGCUCUGCUGGUGAGAGGACUGGGAACAGAGAAAGAAGACUCCUGCUUUGAGCUCCUCCAUAGAGCUGUUGGACAGUUUGAAUUAAGAAAAAAUGGCAUCAUGCCACGAGAAGUGACCAAAGACCAGCAGCUGUGUGAAAAACUGACUGUGUUGUGCUCGGCACCAGGAACUCUUAAAACCCUCGCCCGCUACGCUGUGCGCCGCAGCCUGGGUCUCCAGUAUCUGCCCGAUGCAGUGAAGGGUCUCCCACUGCCAGCGUCUUUGAAGGAAUACCUGUUACUCUUAGAGUAGCCUGUAGGGGACAUUUCUGCCAUCUUGCAGACAGCUCUGGGUGAGGUUUUCUUUUCAAUUCUGUCCCUUUGUUGUGGAACACAGAAAAGCACUUGUUCCUGUUGUGUGGUUUAUAGAUUUUGAGACAACACAUAACAGCAAUGUCUAUACCAUCUCCCCUCCCAUACCAAGCAACCAAACCAAAAAAAGUUACCUCACUUCUGUUUGCUGUUUUAUUGCUUAGUUGCCUUUUUAUAUUCAAUCCUGCAAAAGAAGUCUUCCCCAGAUCCCUGCAGGACACUUUAGUCAACAGUGUGACUGCAUUUCCUAGGUAAAUCUAGUAAAGUACUUAGAUACAUGGCUUCCUGGGCCAUGGUGAGCAUUGUGAAGGAGUUCCUUCUGAAGAGUUGUAGUUGAUCUGAAGUUUAAGAAGUCCACACUCCGAUUAACAAGAAUUAUGUUCCAAGGAUGAGUGCUUGAACUUCAUUCAGAUGGGGUGUAGACUCAGGAUUCGGCACUCAGGAGCCCUGAUUCCUUUUCCAUAUGGUACCCAGGGCUCGGCAUCCAGCGGUGCGUUUCACAGGAUGUCUGGCUGCUCCGAGGGAGAAGAGCAGGAUUCCCAGCAGUCCCGGGAUUGCCAGGCCAUCCUAAUGUGGCUUUCCCUGAAAACUCCUUUGCACCAAUGAGCAGAGCGAGGGCCCUGCUCCUCCCAUGAAGGUCUCUCUAGUAAGGGCGGAGGGUGGGCGGCACUGCCUUUUCCACAGAGCCCCAUUCCCUAAGAGUUCCAAGCUGUUUUUUUCCUACUCUCUUGGAACCUUUGCCUUUUACUGAGCUAUAGAAAAUGGGGUAAGUGGAGCUAGGGACAGAACACAGAAUACAAAAGGGGUUCUUUGGAACUGGCCGCCUACCCUAAAAGACCCAUUUUUGUGAACAAUGUUCUUCCUUUUCGUGUUCUUAAACUAGAUGAAGUUGAUUUUGACCUUAGGCGAUCUGUAUGCAAGUUUGGAAAGCAUUUUCUAAAAAGCUGGCUGGAGACUGCACCCAGAUGAAUAGGACCUUCAGACUGCCACUAACUCAAAACAGCGUGCCUGCUUUUGUUCUCUGCUGUCGCUGGGUUUGCCCAUUUGAAAAAAGAAUAAAAUAAUUCUAAAAGCAAA